GCUACCUCCAGUUAAAUAGCUAGGACACGGGAGCGAGCAGACGGCCGUGUGAGGAUAUACUUUUUUCGGUACCUUGGGAUUACGACGCGGAAUUGCAGCAUCGACGGCCAGCCGCCAGGGCCCACGAUGUCCAGCGAAGUGCAGAGACCGGACGACAGCCCCAGCACCAGCGGGGGAAGCUCAGACAUUGAACAAAGGGAAUCGGUACCGCCUGAGCAGGAGCGAGAGCAAGCACAGCCCAAAAAGAAGGAGACCAAGAUCUCCAGUAAAACCGCUGCUAAACUUUCAACUAGUGCCAAGAGGAUCCAGAAAGAGCUUGCAGAAAUCACACUAGACCCACCUCCAAACUGCAGCGCCGGCCCCAAAGGAGACAACAUCUACGAGUGGAGGUCGACCAUCCUGGGCCCCCCGGGCUCCGUGUACGAGGGAGGCGUCUUCUUCUUGGACAUCGCCUUCACGCCAGACUACCCCUUCAAACCCCCCAAGGUAACAUUUCGUACGAGGAUCUAUCACUGCAACAUCAACAGUCAGGGGGUGAUCUGUCUGGACAUCCUGAAGGACAACUGGAGCCCCGCCCUCACCAUCUCCAAGGUGCUGCUGUCCAUCUGCUCCCUGCUCACAGACUGUAACCCAGCCGACCCUCUGGUGGGAAGCAUCGCCACACAGUACCUGACCAACAGAACAGAGCAUGACAGAAUAGCCAAGCAAUGGACGAAGAGAUACGCCACAUAGACUCCCGGCCCUCCCCCUCCUCGACCCCCCUCACCCUCCACUGUACCUCUCUCUACCUCUCUCUCUCACCCUUAGUCUGUCAAAGCACACUCACUAAGUGCAACGGUAUACCUGCCCUCCUCCUCCUCCUCCUCCUCCUCCUCCUCCUCCUCCUCUUCCUCCUCCAUCCCAACAUUUUAUCUACCUUUUCUGUGUAAAAAAAAAAAAAAUCAAACAAGACAAAAAAAUGUCCUUUGUUCCUUGUUGACUUGAAAGCUUCUUUUUUAUACAAAGAGUAGAUUGGGAUUUUUAUUUUCCAAUAUCUGAAUGUUGGAAGUAUUGUAUUGGAGAAAAAAAAACACAGAAUAUUAUAAAUAUCAUACGCAUUGUCCUCCAGCUAUACAGUAUGUAUUCUCAUUUUCUUAGUGGCACCUGGAACAAACAUGCAGAAUAUAUGCUUUUUACUUUUUUUUUGUUUUGGUUUUUUGUAUUUGUCAUCAAUAUGUUAUCUGCAUGGAACAGGAAGGUUUGCGUCAAUGGAUCCUUCAUGCUUUUUAACUUCCUCUGAUUUUGUUUGUACUGUAUGUAUUUUUUCAAAGGCUUUUGAGGCAGACCACAAAAGUAUAGGUCUGCCUGUGAAAGAGGCAGGACUUGUAUAUUUACUGGCUACCCGCCACCUCUGCAAUUGCAGAGUGGUUUGUUGUGCACUUGUAUUACUGAAGCACCCAAUAAAACACACUGUGGUUGGCUUGUGAGAAAA